AUGGCGGAAGCGACUCCUAUCCUCCCCCUGCUCUCCUCUCUCCCCCUCGCCCACCCCUCCCUCCGACCCCUCCUUCAGUCCCACACCCCCCUGGCACGACCCUCCACCCAAUCUCAAUCCCAACUCACAAAGCUCCUCAACCGCCUCAACACCGUCCUCUUGUCCCGCGAUGAUUCUUCCGAAAAGCGAGCAGCAUGCGAGGUAGCAAAAGUCAUGGUCGAACAAGAUCAGGAAGGCUGGGUUCUGGCGGAAUGGGGUAAAGGCUGGGUUGGAGGGUGUCUUGGGUGGAUUGCGAGUACCUCGUCGUCUAUUGCGUCUAUCCCUCCUUACUUGGAGCUGUUGACGACGAUCGUGUUGACUGCUCCGCACUUUCCAUCAUUUGAGAGGCAGACUGUUCAUCCUCUUAUGGGCAAGCUUUCUGUUUCUUUGGGCAAGUUGCUGGAGAGGUCUUUGAGCGAGUCUCAGCCGGAAUGGGAUGUCAUCUGUACUUUACUCGAAUCUAUCCAGAUGCUCCUAUUGCAAUCCCCUGCCAACUUCCGCCCCUCCACGCCCGCUUUCAAAACCAACCUUUUCGCUCUUCUCCUCAUGCUCCCCACCCCCACCUCCCCCUCCCCCUCUAUCCCCUCGCAAAUCCGCCAACAAUCCGCAAAGCUGCUGGCCGCUCUUCAUGUCACAUCAGGCAAGGCCCAGAGCCCCGCGGCAUGGACAGCGGACAUGAAGCAAGUUCUCGGUGGUCUCGGCAAGGCGCUCGGAGGGAUCACAUCAGAUGCCUGGGAAGAAGACCCCGUCACCGUGCCGCCCCCUGCUUCUACGAGCACACCAGACCUACCCGCGGAUCCUCUCCAGCGACUACCCAUCGCUCUGGACUGGCUUGAAGGCCUCACGCAGGCGACUCUGGAGAUGCUUUCGUUCCCUACGAGCAGACCGGUGGCUAUCCCUCUGGCUGGGCUCCACCACGCUUUCCUGAUCGCUUCUCUCCCCCGUAUCUGGGCCGCCGGUACCCAGCUGCUCGCAGCCGUGGCGCUCGCCACAGGCGACCACCUCUUCCCCCACCUCUCCAACAUCUUUGACCACUCUGUCUGGCUCUUGGAGCGUAUCCCCCAAAGCAUGUGCGAGUCUCGCACAUUGCUUUUGCGGUUCCACAGCCUGCUCUUGACGCUCUACCCUCCUUCACUACUCCCAGUCGAAUACCCCACCCGUCUUUUGAGGUCAUGCCUCUCAAGCCUCUCGCCCCUACUCGGCGAUAAACGGGAGUCUGUGGCGGCUGCUAGCAAGAAUGAAUCUGGGGGCGGGAAGAGGGGGAAGAAGAGGGCUAGAGGGGCUGAAGAUGGUUUGGUCGGUGAUUUGGAGGGGAAAGGUCGUCGAGGUCUUUCCCACUCUGAGCUUGAUUGCAUCAUCUCUGCUCUUUCGCUCACUCCUCUUUUGCAUACUGCUUCUCUCCUCGCGCCUUCGCUCUUGACGCUCUCUGUCCGUCUGCAUCUCUCGAUCUAUCUCGGUCUGCCGUCAUUGCCAACAUCGACGUUCCCCGAGGUCGGAGCGAGGGAAGAUGUAAGGGUUGUGACGAGAAAGGUGCUUGAGAAGGUGUUGAGUAUUGGAGAGGGAUGGAGUAAGGGAUACGAGAGUGUGAUUGUAUCGGUGCUUGACGCUGCAUCCCAACCCUCCAUCCGCCCAACACUCCACCCCAAACUCCCACCCAUGAUACGCCACCAACCCGCCCUCUCGGAACUACAUUUCUUUGCGAAAGAGACGGACGAGGAAAAGAAGGUCCGGAAAGAGCUUGGGUUUGGGUUGGAAGGUGAGGUGGUGGAUGGGGAGGAGAUGGAGGAGGAUGAAGUACCGGCGAAGAGGGUGGCGGCUGUUGCGCCGGUCGUACAAGCGCCUGUACAGGUAGCUGCCCAGCCUCAGUUCGCCCAACCUGCGCCGGUGGUCGCGCCUGUUGCCGUUCAACAACCCGCUCCCGUAGCGCUACAAGCUCCUGCCACCGCCCCCGCCCCCAUCACUCUCGCGCCCCAACCGCCCAUCCCCACCUUCCAAACCCCAAACCAGCCUGCCGAAUCAUUCAUCUCUUUCACCAACACCACCACCACCUCUUCUUCCACCAACCCCUCUGCAUCUGCAUCAACACAAACACAGGAGAAGGUGGUAGAGACGGUGAGCGAGAGGAUGCAGGUGGAUGAUGAUGAUGAGGCGCUGCCGGAGAUGGAUAGUGGGAGUGAGGAUGAGUUGGAGUUGGAUGAUGAUGAGGAGGAUGAUGAGUAG